GACGUCAAAACGCCGCCCGUAUGUCGAGGCAAGGCUGAAGGCGCCGUCAUUUAACUUUAUUCCGUUUUAUCGCGGUCGGCGUUUGCUCCGUGUUCCGUGCCCUACUGCGAUCGUACGGUACGUGACUACGGGAGUGUGCGUGUGCGCCGCGCUACGCAAACAAUUCAUACAAUAUUACAAUAAUUAUUAAUUAUACAAUCCUAGUUCAUGACGCCUACAUAGGGACACCGUUAUCGCGCUCGCGGUCCGCCGUAGGUCGCGGUACGUUUUUGUUUGGUCUUUUGAGUAGAUCGAUCGGCCGGGCUCUCUUGCGAUCGUCGCAGUGAUGUGCGCGCCACGGUAACGGCUCAUAUUAUUAUUAUUAAAAUCGUGCCCGCGCCGCCGUUUGAAUCGUGAAAAAGUUUAGUCACUGUAUUAUUUUUUUCGUUUCGUUCGUUCACCGUGGCGACGGACGAUCCUCCACGGCAGCCGCCUUCGUCGGCGCAACAGUAAUGCCCCAAUAACAUGGGCAAGUCCAGGUUUCUCGGGAAACCGCCAAAGACGCGGUGUCAGCGCACCAUGAUCCGGGUCGGCGUGUCGUCCGAUUUCGUAGACGUCGAGGCUAAGAACGCCCGGCUGAUAUCCAUCGCGCUCAACGUGUUCCGGACGACGUUUGAAAAGGACGGCGAGCAACAGGAGUUCACGGGGUUCAGCAAUACUGACUGCGACGAAAUUGCCGAUAAGCUAAGGAUGAGAGAGACUUGCGAUCGAAAUGCCGCUCCGUACGACCAACAGAGCAAGUACAGCACUGACACUGUUGUGGGUUCUCCUUUUAACCAUGUUCACAAUUUUGUUGUCAAGAAUGCAUAUCAUUUUAAUUAAAACAAAGAAAUACCUAACUAGAUAUUUUUAUUUUGAAUAUAAUUUUCACUACCUGUUUAUGAUGAACCUAAUAUUAUAUUCAUUUAUUCAUAAUUAAUACUUAAUUGUUUAUGAUAGUGUUUUUGCACAUUAUACAUACAAAUACUAAAAUAUUAACUACCUACUUAUUAUAAUUUUUUUGAGUUCUUGAUUUAUUUAAAAGCAACAGUUGACUUAUUAUACACUAGAUAUCAUUAAGUGUAUUAAUUUAUUGAAUUAGUAUUUUAUCUAUUAUAUUAAAUCAAAUUA